CAAUCGACCCCCAGUGCUCAGUCCGAGUGUAGGAGUCAUUACGUUUGAUAUUUCCACAGUCCUACGGGAUGUCCCGCGGAUAUUCAGAGACACAAAGUGCACAUGCUUUCCACACAAAUGACUUUCCAGUUGACCGGCUUAGGAUCAAGCUACAGCUUGUCCUUCCAACCCGGAGCGCAUCAUAUGGAAGACACAGUGAGGCGACGUGAUGAUUCUGUCUCGUGCUGCGCCUGCGAUCGCCAUCUAAAUCGGCUUAAUUUGCAGCUUUCUGCGUUUUCCGUGGAGAUGAAAUCACGAAUGACUAAUAAAACUCUGAUUCGGGAUGAAACUCGGCAGAAGCCCGCACAAAUUACGAGUCACAUUAUUAUCAAAUGUGACCGCACGUUCUUUUAUAAAUAUUUGUCAAAUAGAAAGAUGUUUAUCUGA